AUGAGUGCUCCGUUGUUUUAAAUUAGUCCGAUACAAAAAAAUAUAUUAGUUUUAUGCAACAACUUUAAAAAUUAGAUAAAUGUUGGCUCAAGUCUAGAUUGUGCUUUGUUCAUAGGAUUAAUAGAGUAUCAUAUUAAAGUCAAUAAAGUAGAAGAUAUUAAAAAAAUAUAUGAGAAAGCAUAACUGAAUAGCUUUGGAAAAAUUAAAACAAUUAUUUCAAAUUCUGAAAAUUAGCAAUAGCGUUUAGAAUAUAUUUUGAAAGAGACAAAGCAAUCAAGUAAAAAUUUGGAAUAAUUGAUGAAGGAUUAUUUUCAAAAUAAAGGUAUCCCUAAUGAAAAAGACAAAGAUAAAGAUCUAAAGAACAAAAUUAAAUUAUUAGAGCAAGAUUUUAACAUAAAACUAGUUAUCUGUGAUACAAAAUCCAAUCCUAAAAUCUAAGAGAUAGGAGCUACAACUAUUUACAUUUAUAAAUCUGAUCCUAAUUAUUAUAUUCUGAUUAAUGCAUAGGAAAAUCCAAUUUUAUGUAGCAAAUGCAAUGGAUAAUAAAAUUUAUAGAAACUCAAAUGUAAUCACUAAGCCUGCUUUUCCUGUAUAUCGAAUUCUUUUGAGGCGAAAAAUGUUACUAGUGUUACUUGCUUUGCAAAAGGUUGUUAAUAAAAAAUUGAGAAGGCUUAAUACCUGCAAAUGAAAUCGCCUAAAGCUCAAGAUUUAAAAUAAUAAUAGGUUAAGUAAAGUGACCCCUCCAUUAAAUAAAGUGUCAAUAAAGUUGAAAUGAAGUAGGAACUACAGAGCACAUGUUAAGAAGAGAAAAAAUAAUUAGACAGUAGUAAUAAUUAGCAACUUUAAUCAUCAAGCAAAAUUGAGUAAAGUUAAGGUGAGAAAAAUGUAAAUUAGGAAAGUGGGUAACUACAGCAAUCAAUUAAAAUUUAGUAGGGAUUAGAGAAAUAGUAAAAGAGUCAAAUUUAAUAAACAGAAUAACCCUUAAAGCUUGAAAGUUCUAAUAAUGUUGAAAAUCCAUCAAAAAAUAGCUAAAGUGCUAUUUUAAGCACAGGAAAACGUGAUAAUAAUCCGUAAAACUAGAAAUAGGACGAGUUUAAUGCACCCAAAUAAAUAAAGGGUAAGUAAUGUAGCAAUUGCUUAAAAGAAUGCAUGGAUUAAAUAUUUGAGGCAAGCUGUGGUCAUUGUUACUGUCCCAAGUGUGCUCAGAUUCUAAAAUCUAAAAAUUAAUAAUAUACAUGCCUUCAUCCUAAAUGUUCAAAGAAAAAUUAGUAUCAAUUUGAAUCUAAGUGUAAUAAAUGUGGUAAAGUAAAGGAUCCUACAAUAUUGUUUACAAACUUUUGUGGUCAUCAAAUAUGUGUCUAAUGUUUAGAAGGCUUGGUAAGGAACUUAAAAAAAUGUAAAUGUCCGGUUUGCUUUUAAAGUUUACAAGAGAAUGAUAUUGAACUCUUUUUUGAAAAUUUAUAGCUUCAAAUAAUUGAAAAAGAAAUGCAGAAAAGUUCUAUAAUAGAAUAUGAAUCUGGUUUUGAAUAAUUGCUAUUAUAAUCAAAUAACUCAAAAUAUUGUACUUUUUGUAAUAGUCCUUUUACAGAAUAUAACCUUUAAUAAUAAUUGUCACAUUGUCAAAAUCAUUUACACGCGAUAGGAGUGUGUUGUUCAAUCUUUCCUUUGGAAUGUCCUUAAUGUUAAUUGCCAUCAUUAGAAAUUUCAAAAUAUAAAAUUACUUUUGAAAUAGGAAACUAUUUUGAGUAGAAUACAUUAAAUUGAUUAAAUAGUUUCGAGUCUAAUAUGAA